AUGGUGCAAGAACGCUCCGGAAUUGUGGUCGGCCUCAACAGCGGUCGGAAAACCACCGCCCUGAACACCCCCAAGACCCGCAUCAGCCGCUCCGUUGGCAAGUCUUCCCGCCGCACCGCUUUCGUCCGCGAGAUCGCCCAGGAGGUUGUCGGCCUCGCUCCCUACGAGCGCCGCAUCAUCGAACUCCUGCGCAACGCCCAGGACAAGCGUGCCCGCAAGCUCGCUAAGAAGCGCCUCGGUACUUUCGGCCGUGGCAAGGCUAAGGUUGAGGCUAUGCAGAAGGUCAUUGCUGAGUCUCGCCGCGCCCAGGCUGCUCACUAA